AUGGAUUCAACAAAUGAAGAACAUAUAAUAAGAGAACUUUCAAAAAAUUCAAAUAAAUCAUUUGACUAUCUGCACAAAGCUUUCGAAGACAUGAAUGAAUGUUUAAGUAACGACGAAACUUUUUUUAACAAAGAAAUUGAAGCAACAAUGUAUUAUGUCAAAACUAUUGAAAUAAAAUUCCGUGAAAGAAUUCAAGAAUUUCGUAGUCAACUUGAAAAAAUUAACGAAGAAAAUAUUAAAACAUCAAAAUCCAAUAGAGAACAAUUUGAGAAAGAAACAGAAAAAAUUAAUUCAUUAUUUGAUUCUGGAAUUUUAUAUGAAGCUUUAAAGAAAUGUACAGAAUAUGAAAAACAAUUUGUACAACGAAAAACAGUAAUUAAUGAUAUACCAAAAUUACAUAUGAAUGAACAAAUGAUUGAACAAUUGUUUUCGCCAGAAAAUCAAAAUCAAAAUCGUUCAGUACCAUCAGCAACUAAUCAACGUUUGAUCGAACAAAGAACUAAUGUCAUACCUGAUAUGCCAAGUUCAAUAUUCGAUGAUGAUAGACAAGAUAAUAGUCAACGAACUGCUAAACAGAGAUUACGUGGAGAAAAAGUUAUUGAAAGCAUGACGGUCAAUAAAGAAGAUGAGGAAAUGGUAAAUGAUAAAAACGAUCAUGAGUAUGAUAACUCAAAGUUUGGUAUUCGAUCAAAACCAAGAGAAAAUCAUCAAUCAGCAACAGUACCAAUAAGAACCAUAACACCAACAACACCGGUAAUAAACACAACAACGACAGCCACAAGAACAACAGUACCAGUAAGAACCGUAAUACCAACAGCACCGGUAACAAACACGACAACGACAGCCGCGAGAUCAACAGUACCAGUAAGAACCAUAACACCAACAGCACCAGUAACAAACACGUCAACAACAGUAACACCAGUUGAUAAUAUGAAAAAUGAUACAAAAUCUCCAACAACGAAUCCUACUUCGCAGUCAAUGUUUCGUUUUAGUACACGAUUGGGACCAUCAUCAAGUAAUACAAAUACCUCGGUUUUUCAUCGUAAUAUUUCUACUCCUCCUACUAUACAAAAUACCAAUGUUAUUUCUCAUAAUAAUCAAGAACAAGUACGACUUACACCACCAACUCCACCAAAUUCUGUUCGUUUUCUAACUGAACAACCAACAACAUCUGAUGAAGAUAGUCCAUUUAAAAUUUUAAAGUCAAUACCUGUUUUAGAAUAUUAUAUUGAACCAAAUUAUCAUCUAUUAAUGACAUGUAAUGCCGAAUAUAUAGUACUAUACAAAAGUCAAAUUACUCGAUUAGAUAGAUGGCGUUUAGAUGCCAUCCAACGUGGUUCUCAUAAUUCAUGUAUACUUGAUUGGCAUGAUGGUCUUAUAAUAUCCAUGGGUUUAAUUGAAAAAAAUACUAUUUAUAUGUUUACAGAACACGAAUUUUUUAUGUACUCAAUUACUUCAGGUCGUAAAAUAGAUGCACGUAUGUUACCACGUGGUACUGACGAUGGUUCUAAUAUAAAUAGUGUUCCUUAUAAUAAUUCUCAACGUGGUAUUGGUGCUGUUUAUGGUGAUUUCAUGUAUCAUAUUUAUUUAAAUCAUCAUUCUCAAUGGACAUUAUCAAAAACUAUACUUGAUAAAUUAGCUCGAACUCCUAGUUAUAAUUUAACAACUAUAUUUCCUGAUGUUGAACGUUUUAUACAUUUUUGUGUUAAUGCGAAAACAAUAAAUUUUCUUGUUCAAAUGAAUGAUUCAUCUUAUGCUGUUGUAUUUUGUUCAGUUAAAAAUUGUAAUUCAAAUGAAUAUCGAUCAACAGUUGUUACUUUAUUACAUGCUCAACAACCAUUAACAAUUUGUUCAGCAUUUAUUCGAUGUCAAGAUAAAUAUAUUUUUUAUAUAAAUGAUCCAUCAAUUGAUAUAUUACAUGCAAUAGAUAUUGAAAACUAUUUAUAUGCAAGUCAAAUUCUUGCACAUGCUAUAUGUUAUGAAGAAAAUAAAGAAGAAUUAAUGGUUGUAACAAACAAUUCAAUAUGUUCGAUUAAUGUAAAUGAAGAAAAUUCAAUUUUAAAAAACUUUCGGUGA